UAUCUAUUCGGAGCACCAGGAAUCUAUUCGGUGAUGUCAACACAGAAGAACACUGUCGUUCUAGCAUAUAGCGGAGGACUGGACACUUCAUGUAUCCUCCGCUGGCUUAUCGAUAAAGGGUACGACGUCAUCGCUUAUAUGGCUAAUAUCGGGCAGGAGGACGAUUUUGAUGCUGUCAGAAAGAAGGCCACGAAUAUAGGAGCAAAGAAGGUGAUAAUAGAAGACUUGCAAGAGGAGUUUGUGCGGGACUUCGUGUGGCCGGCGGUCUGUGCCGGGCUGCUGUACGAGGGCCGCUACCUGCUGGGGACUUCUCUGGCGCGGCCGUGCAUCUCUCGGGGCCUGGUGAAGGUGGCGCGCAGAGAGGGCGCUCAGUUUAUCUCGCACGGCGCGACCGGCAAGGGCAACGACCAGGUGCGCCUCGAGCUCGGCUGCUGCGCCUUGUGGCCACAGGUCAAGAUACUGGCUCCUUGGAGAAUAAAGGAGUUUACAGACAAGUUCCAGGGAAGACAAGAUUUGCUACAGUACGCUGCUGCAAAUAACAUUCCAGUAUCAGCCACAAAGGAAGCACCGUGGAGCAUGGACGCAAACCUAAUGCACAUCAGCUACGAGUCGGGCAUCCUGGAGGACCCCGCACAGCCGGCGCCGCCCGAGCUCUUCCAGAUGACCAUGGACCCCAGGAGUUCGCCGGACGCGCCUUGUCGCCUGCAGAUAGAUUUCCAAAACGGUACUCCAGUCGGGGUGAAGAACAUAACAACAGGAGAAGAGGAAACCAAUCCACUGAAAUUAUUCAAACUGCUGAACAAGCUCGGUGGUCUCUACGGUGUUGGCAGAAUAGACAUCGUCGAAAACAGAUUCCUCGGACUCAAGUCACGCGGUGUAUACGAGACGCCCGCUGGUAAAAUUCUGCAUGACGCCCAUCUGGACCUGGAGACUUUCUGCAUGGAUCGCGAGGUCCUUAGAGUUAAAACUUUUCUCAAAGACAAGAUGUCAGAUUAUGUUUACAACGGUUUCUGGUUCAGCCCGGAAUGUAACUUUGUUCGCGAGUGCAUAACUGCAUCGCAAAGAAAUGUCACAGGAUGGGUGCAGGUGGAGCUCUUCAAGGGUUCAGUGUCGGUGGUGGCGCGCUGGUCUCCGGUGGGGCUGUACAACCAGCGGCUGGCGUCGAUGGACGAGCACGGAGGUUUCGACCCGUCGCACGCCGACGGCUUCAUCAACAUACACGGCCUCCGUCUCAAGGAGGCGUGCAGGGCAGCUAACAGCCAGCCGUAGCCCCUUCUCCGCUGUUGCCAAAUUCUAGCCCUUCUGUUGUCCUCUUUGCCUUUGUUGAUAUUUCAGAAUUGUUACGAAGAAUCUCGUUUUUUGUGCAUUGUCAAAUCAAAACUGUUCUACAUAGCUGUUUACACUGUGUCAUGUACAAAAUAAAAGAAUAUUUUCGACAGCGAA